AUGCGCAAGAACUGGGACAAAUUUUAUUUGCGAAACAAGAAUAAUUUCUUCAAAGACCGAUGGUGGACGGAGCACGAAUUUGCAAAGCUACUCCGCCAACACGUCACUUUAGAGGAUAGCUUGAAUUAUUUGGAAAUCGGUUGCGGUGUUGGAAAUGCGAUUUUCCCACUGAAACAGCAGUAUCCGCACUGGAAUUGCUAUGCAUUCGACUUCUCCCAAAACGCCAUCCGUCUUCUCCAUGAACGUAGUCUAGCAAGCAAUUUGCCAGUUAGCGCUGCACAUGCUGACCUCACAGACGCCAAUUUCACGUUGCAUUUCCCGUUGGCCCACGUAGCAACGUUGAUUUUUGUGCUGAGCGCGAUUCCACCAGAAAAACAGCAAAUUGCCGUGAAGAAUGUGCUGAGUGUGGUAGAAACUGGCGGAAUUGUAAUUGUACGUGAUUAUGGUAUAAACGACCACGCAAUGGUACGAUUUGGUCGCGGAUGCAAAUUGGAUGAACGGUUCUACGCUCGACAAGACGGCACCAUGGCAUAUUAUUUUAAAUUAGGUAAAAAUAUUGAUUUCUAG